ACACCCAGACAACUUUGAAGGCUUAGCUGUGGCUGCUGAGGUCAUCGCUCAGAGGUGGUGUUUAGGGAGGGGGGGGACUAGACCGAGUCCCUCCGCUAUACCGCCUCCAUUUUGAACAGCUAUGUAAUAGGGGAUUCGCAUAGUUUAUAUGUGUGUGUGUGUGUGUAUCGCCCACUGCGCUGCGUAGUGUCAACAAGCCACAUCCAAACAUCCUUCGACAUGGACGACCUGUUCAGUCCGCGCAGAAGCCUCAACAGCACACAGGGUGAGAUAAGAGUGGGACCAAGCCAUCAGGCUAAGCUCCCAGAGUUGCAGCCGCGACCUGCACCUGCCCCACAGACUCAAACAGAGAAGGAGGAGCUCAUGUGGACGCCUGGAGUCAAUGACUGUGACCUUCUCAUGUACCUCAGAGCAGCCAGGAGUAUGGCAGCAUUUGCUGGGAUGUGUGAUGGUGGCUCUACGGAGGAUGGAUGUUUAGCAGCCUCCCGUGAUGACACCACGCUCAACGCUCUCAACAUGCUCCAUGCAAGCCAUUAUGAUGCUGCAAAAGCUCUCCAACGUCUGGUCAAGAAGCCAUUACCAAAACUUAUUGAAAAAUUCUGGUCAGAAGAUGAUCUGAAACGCUUCAUCAAAGGCCUGAGACAAUAUGGAAAAAAUUUCUUUCGCAUUCGGAAAGACUUUCUGCCCACCAAAAAGACUGGAGAGCUCAUCACUUUUUAUUACCACUGGAAGAAAACGCCAGAGGCCGCAGGAACAAGAGCUUAUCGACAGCAACGCCGCCAGCCGUCCUCUCGUAAAGCAAAGACUCGCUCUGCGCCAGCUCCUGACAACAUUUCCUCUCGAAAUUACUCAGCAGUGGAUGCAAGUUCUGCCAGCGAGGAUGAUCUUGACAGUGAAGACAGCGAACAGGAAAUCAAGAGCUGUAGCCACUGUGGUACAACAAGCUCAAAGGAUUGGCAUCAGGCUGGAAGAGACAGCCGCUUGCUCUGCACGAGUUGUCGCACAUAUGAGAACAAACAUGGAUGUCUGCCGCCAGCUCCAAAAUCUGCAAGCGGUUCAUUCCUGUUCAAACCUGUUAAAGCGGAAGAAGAGGUGAACAGCAAGCAUGGCAUGAGGACUCGUCGUAGCAGAGCACCUUUGUCAUCUUUAAGAAGUGGCCACAGGAGGCUCACAGGCUCUCCUACCAGGGAAGAUCAGCAGUCCUGUAAUCAGCCCUCCCUAAGUGGAGCAAUCUCUAAUUCUCUGAGAUCAUCUUCCAUGGAUAAUAAGAAUGACUCCACAAAGAGAACAAAUAAGAAGAUAAAAGAGGAGGUUACGUUGCCAAAGACAACAAAGCGUGUACGGGAAAGUCCUGCUCUGGAGCCUGAUGAGCCUGAAAAACUUACACCUAAAAGGGCAAAAAUACAGGAUACGAGGGGCACCCGGACUGAGGCAGAGGAGGAAAGCUCUUCAGAAAGCCGUAGUGCUCAGGAUGAUGGUAGUGACACCAAAGACAUUGAUCAGGACAACCGCAGUUCCUCUCCCAGCAUUCCCAGCCCUCAACAGGGUAAUGAGAGUGACUCCGACUCCUCUGCCCAGCCAAACGGGAUCCCAUCAGAGCCUGUUGCUCCUGCUCCUGUUUUGGCUGACACACCUGUCCCACAGGCCGUCUCCUCUCAGGUCACUACAAUUGCUCUACAGCCAACACAAACCAUGCCCUCAGCUAAUCCAGCUCAAAGCCCCUCUCCACCCUCUCCAGACCCUCCUCAGCCAGCCACUGGUCAGACAUCCUCCACUGCAGGGGGAAGCAGCCGAUCACCGCCUUCCACUCACACUCUCUCUGGUCCACGGCCUCAUCCAUCAGCACUGGGUCAGGAGGCUCCGCUUUCUCCAGCAUUUCAUAUCCCACCUGCUCUCAAUUCUACACAGCCACAUGGGUCAUCUCAGACCCCACAACGUCCCCCACCCUUCUUUAAAGAAACACAACUCCCCCAGCCUCCUCUUACUGGUCCCCAAAUCAAGCCUCCACCCACCACCCCUAUUCCACCUUCACACAAACAGCUGCCACAUCCAUCAGCUGCACCUUUCCCACAGAUGCCCUCUAAUUUGCCCCCUCCUCCUGCUCUAAAGCCCCUCAAUUCUCUGCCAAACCAGCAUCCUCCAGGUGCCCCUCCUCCUCCUCUUCAGCUCAUGCCACAUCCUUUGCCAGCUCAUUCACUCCCAGCUCAACUACCAGUGAUCUCUAAGGCACCAACCCACUCUGGGAAAGGCACAUCCUCUUCCCACCCACAAGCCACAGCCUCCCUUCCUCUCACCUCUGUCACAUCAUCCACUGUCGGCCCUGCCCCAAGUCUUCAGCCAUCCUGCCCACCUCUUCCCGUGAGACCCUCAUCGAACGCCGCUCCGAUGGGAUCGCAAGUUCCAAUUAAAGAAGAGCCACUAGAUGAGAUAGAAGAGGCUGAAAGUCCCCUGUCUCCACCUCGAAGCCCCUCACCAGAGCCCACCAUUGUCAACAUGGCAAGCCAUGCCAGCCAGUCUGCACAGUUUAUCAAACACUUUGAUCGUGGCUACAAUUCAUGUGCAAGGACAGACCUUUUCUUUACUCCACUGUUGUCCUCCAAGCUGGCCAGGAAAAGGGAGGAGGCUACUGAACGGUCUAGGAGAGAGCCUGAGCUCAGUGCUCGACACGAACGUGAAAGAGAAAAAGAAAGGGAGCGAGAAAGGGAGACCGAUAGAAGCGCUAGAGCCUCCAGUUCCUCACAUGAAAGUCGCAUUAAUGAAGUGCAAAUGGUGGCUCAGAGCCACGGACGACCCUCCUUUGAACAGCCACCCACCACUGUAGCAGCCGUGCCGCCCUACAUUGGCCCAGACACACCAGCCCUGCGCACCCUGAGUGACUACGCUCGCCCCCAUGUCAUGUCUCCCACUAAUCGCAACCAUCCUUUCUAUGUGUCCCUGAGUCCUGGCGACCCGAUGCUGGCAUACCACAUGCCUGGCCUGUACACUGCUGAGCCCAGCCUCAGGGAGCGUGAGCUGAGAAACCUCAGAGAAAGAGAGCUCCGUGAAAGGAUGAAGCCUGGCUUUGAAGUUAAACCCCCAGACCUGGAAACUUUGCACCCCUCAACCAAUCCUAUGGAGCACUUUGCCAGACAUGGAGCGCUAGGUCUUCCCCACAUACCUGGGCCUCCCCACCCAUUUGCUCCUUUCCAUCCUGGGCUGAAUCAUCUAGAGCGUGAGAGGAUGGUGCUGGCAGGGCAUCAGCUGCGACCAGAGUUGAGUUAUGCUGAGCGGCUCACUGCAGAGCGGCUUCAUGCUGAGAGGAUGGCUUCUGUAGCAACUGACCCUGCUGCCCGGCUGCAGAUGCUCAAUGUGACGCCUCACCAUCACCAACACUCUCACAUUCACUCCCACCUCCACCUGCACCAACAAGAUCCCCUCAGUCAAGGUUCAAGCCCUCAUCCUCUCGUGGACCCAUUGGCAACAGGGCCGCGUUUGGCCCGAUUCCCCUUCCCUGGUGCCCCACUCCCUAAUCCUUUACUCAGUGAACUGCCUCAUGACCACGAGAUGCUGCGCCACCCACUGUUUGGAGCUGCAUAUCCACGAGAGCUGCAGGGUCCAAUUCCCCAGAUGUCUGCCUCGCAUCAGCUCCAGGCCAUGCAUGCUCAGUCUGCAGAGCUGCAGAGGAUGGCAAUGGAGCAGCAGUGGCUUCAUGGGCAUCACCUGCAUGGAGGCCCCAUUCCCAGUCAGGAAGAUUAUUACAGCCGUCUGAAGAAAGAAGGUGACAAGCCAUCUUGAGGUGGUGCAUGCUCUGAAAUACUACUCUAAUAAUCAAUACUGUGUACUUUGACACUGUAAGAGAAUAUUUUGUCUUUUUUGUUUGUUCGUUUGUGCUAAUAUAUUUUAGAAAAAUAUCCGUGGAUCUUUAUGUGCAUUCCUUGUUCAGCACUUCUUGAGACUUUAGAAGUCCGUCUGAGAUUUUCCGAUCACUAAAGAAUUAACACUAGUUUUAUUGUCAAAAUGAUGAAUAAUCUCACCCACUGAUAUAAGUUUUCUUUUGUAAAUUUACUACAGGAUGUGGGAACAGAGUGACUUUGAUGUUAACUUUGAGUUUCCUUAUUAUGAUUUCUAAAAGAUUUUCUUGUACAGAAUGACAUCUAAAUCUGUGUGUGAAUGAUAGUUGUUACCUAGCAUGAUUCUCACCCUUUAGUUUUCUCAGAACUAGAGUAGCAAUUUGCAUUGUGGGGUUAGACUUUGAAAGCAAAGUAGCAGUUGGAUUUACUCCUAAAUCUGCUAAUUAUUUGUUUAAAUCUUAAAAUUUUAUAUAUCACGAUAUCUUUUCACAGUAUAACCCAAGCUUUUACUCCCUCGCUUUUGAGACUGUAAAUAUUACAUGUUGGCAUUAUUCUAUAUGAAUGAGUAAAGUAGAUGUGAAUUCUUGACCCUUGAUUCAGCACGAGAACAGUAAAACACAAGCUUAAAAACAGGAUAAGGUGGGAUGAGAAAAUUGGACCACAAUCUGUAUCUGACAGAAAGUUUUAUUAGAAAAGUAUAUUUACAUUGUUUAAACAUGAAUGACCCAGCUGGUUAGAAACUAAAUCUCAAGCAUUUUAAUGGAGUUAAAAAAAAAGCCAAAAUUCAAUAUUUAUGUGAUAUACUAUCGAACUGUAUCCAUGGCAUAUUUAUUUCAAUAAAUAUUUCUGCAAUAACA